AUGCAGGUGCAUCCAAAUGUUCCCUGCAUGCUCUUCACACCAAUAUGCCCACACUCCCUAUCAUUCAGACCAGUUAUAUUGCCCGAUUCUGCAAGGCUUGAAUUAAAGAUCCCAGAUGAUGCACGAAGCAAUGCUUGGGUCUCGUUUGAUGGGAAGAGAAGGCAACAACUGUCGAGAGGAGAUUCUGUAAGGAUAUGUAUGAGCCAGCAUCCACUUCCAACAGUCAACAAAUGCGACCAGACAGGUGAUUGGUUCCGCAGCUUGAUUCGCUGCCUGAAUUGGAAUGAAAGACUAGAUCAGAAGGCUCUUUGA